AAAAAAUAAAAUAAAAAAUUCAAAUUUGUUAAAAAAAAUUUAUGUUUAUAUAUAAUUUUACAAUAAUAUAUAAUAAAUAUCUACCGAGUUAACAUACAACUUCUGAUUAAUGGAAGGUGAUAAAGUUACUUAUAUUAAGAAAGUUUGUCCAUUAAAUAUGCAUAAAAUCAAACAGGUGAAUAAAGCUUUGCGAAAGAUCGAUCCAAUCAGAGGUUUUCGAAGUGCGAUGUUGGUCGUAGUAGAGCGUAAUAUUCGCGGUUUAAGAAGGGCAGCCAAUUAGAAAAGUUGGCGAAUAUCGUCGGUCGGUACUUAGGUGCGUGUGUUUGUAUAAGUACAUAUAGGUGACGGUCGCGAAAUAUAGUAGCAGCCAUCUUAUAUUUUGUGUCGGAGAAAAACAAUUUGGCCGUACAAAUGUUUCGCGAUUGUCCGUGAAACCGCUUGAGAACGGGAGGCGUGCGCUCGAUGAGGCGUGACGUUUUUCGACCCUAGCCCGGACCACUACAUUAGCAAAGGUGGAUUGGUACGCAGGAUAUGAGCAGCUUGUCAAGCGCAACCUGACUCUGCUCCCACAUCAAGAAGCAGUGCAGCAGCAGGAGCCACAAUCACAACAGCUGGCUCAACAGGAACAGACUGAUAUAAUGACGUCCAUGUUUGAACAACAAAUCAAAAGUGAACCCAUGGGGUUUUAUUCUGUUGCUUCAAGCCGUUCGGAUGGUUCAAAUUCUAUGGUGAAUUUAUCUGAUGAUCGUGAAGAUCUUUCACAACAAGAAGGUCAUCUACAAGCCCAGCAGCAGACAACAUUACAGUUAAACCAGCAACAGGGUCAACAACAAACUCAACAACAGAAUCAGCAAACGCAGCAGGGUCAACAACAGCAGAGUCAGACUGUGCAACAGGAAGUUCCAAGCCGUCAGUCGACAGGACAACAGACAGUUAAAGAAGGUUCACGGUCAAAGCCACAACCUUGUAAGGUAUGUGGCAAGGUGCUGUCUUCUGCUUCAUCGUACUAUGUACAUAUGAAACUUCAUUCGGGCAACAAACCAUAUCAUUGUACAGUAUGCGAAGCAAGUUUCUGCCGGAAACCAUAUUUGGAAGUGCACAUGAGGACGCACACAGGAGAACGACCCUUUCAAUGUGAGUUGUGCUUGAAAAGGUUUACUCAAAAAAGCAGUCUUAAUACUCAUAAAAGAGUGCACACAGGAGAGAGACCAUACGCCUGCGACAUUUGUCAGAAACGUUUUGCAGUGAAAAGCUAUGUGACGGCACACCGUUGGAGUCAUGUUGCCGAAAAGCCUUUGGUGUGCGAUAGAUGUUCUCUCACAUUCACGUCCAAGAGUCAAUUCGCAAUACACAUCCGUACCCAUACAGCAAGUACUACGUACGAGUGUAACAUAUGCGGACGUACAUUUGUACGUGAUAGUUAUCUAAUACGGCAUCAAAAUCGAGUACACCGCGAUAUGAAUCAAAGCAGUACGAAUCAUAAUCCACCUACACCUCAAAGCACUGGUGGUGGUACACCAGGUACGGGCUUCGAAAGUCCAGUUUGUGAUUUACGCUACAGCGAAGGACCUUCCUCGUUGGACGGAUUGACCGGUUCUAAAGGAGGGAUCGCGGCUGAAAUCGCAAGUUUAGCCAAGCAAAAUAAUCUUCAACUUCCUCUACCAUUGCUACAUCCGCAGACUACCAACUAGUGUUUAGAUGACAGCGUGUCCGAGCCCCUACCGCAACAUCAAUCACCGCAGCAAGUAGUAUGUCCCACCUCGGCGUCUUCGCCGUUCACACUUAACUCACCUGUGUCUCACGAGCACACCACACCGCAGAGUGUCUACCAAACGACAGGCUCUUCCAGUUCGCUGGAUAGCCUCAACUCCCAACUUUAUCCGCAUAUAUCAUCCCCUAUAGAUUCAUCGGAGUCGCAUCAUCAAUCGCAGCAACUGCAUCGCGGCAUUCCUCCGCCAGGGCUUCACCCUGCACUUUAUCUGUACGCUCAGUACUCGAACACGAGUUCUCCUAUCGAGUAUCCCGAAUAUAUUCAACGCAACAAUGAAUAGAGUCAGUUUAUGCCAGCAAUCACGAUUUUUACCACGAACGGAGUGAUUAAUUCGCCCCCAUACGCGGACCUCUUCGAUCGCAUGUCAUUUAAUGGUGCUGGUUACAAACAAAGUGCCUAAAGAGCAUCCGCUUUCUGGAUCAUGACCGGAUGCUUAUAUUCAAUCGUUGAUUAACGAUACCAAACGAUUUUUAUGCACCGAUUUUAUUUUAAUUUUUUAAAAUGGAAAUGAGUGGAUCAAUUGUAAAUUGAUUACCGUUUUGUACUCGAUACUUCUCGGUCCAUUUAAUGGAUUUCUAUAUUGAGCGUAUUUUAACAAGAAUUAAAUAGCACCGUUCGAAGGGACGUGCACAAACGUACGCAACAACCAUCGAUCGUUUCCUCGAUUCUUGGAUUUUCCUCGUUUUACCAAUCUGUCGUGGUACAUCGAUGUUAGCAUAAACUACACGAGUUUUCCAAGUUUCCGCACUUCUUAAUUUAUCUGUUUUUUAAUCACAUCUGCGAGUACAUAUACAUAUAUAUAUAUAUAUCUAUGUGUGUAUAUAUAUUAUGCGCGAGAACCAUUACACGUACACACACAAACACACAUACACUUACACAUACACAUAUUUAUAUUAUAUUUUUAAAGGAGUUUAGUCACUUGGAUCUGUGAUAUAGAUAGUAAUUAUUACCUACAACGUUUAAACUAUUGGUUUACUAUUUUGAUGAUAUCAAAACGAGGAAAAAAAAAAAAAAGAAAGAAAGCAAUGUCACGGAGCGAUGUAGUUAUCAGAAUUUAUCGUACAUUGGUCUCUACCGAAGGUGUUUGGUAGACACCCUACUAUAUUACUUUUACAAACAAA